CAAAAUUCUUUGGCUUUGAUCUUUCUGCAAGAUAAAAGCUGGUGUCAGUUCAAAAGUUACUCAUUCGACCGUGCUUGGUUUUUCCUGGAAGGGACAAAUAAAGGCUGUGUUUUUUUUCAUCCUGGGUAAAUUAAAGAAUGCAGUUAGAUUGCCAGGAAAAUAAAAUAAUGUGCCUUCAGCCAUAAAACACCAGAGACGCAGAAAAAACUCACAAGGUAGCACUAAGAUAGCGGUAAUGUAACAACAGGGUUCCAACUGCCACCAAAAUACAACAGGCUCGAGGACCUUGGUUUUCCCUGGUAUUCUUGUUUCUUUCGAAAGUCAUUCUUCUUCUACUCCCAAUGGACGAGACGGUGAAACCUCUGCGAAUUCCUCCCCAGAUGUCAGUGUAUGCAGACAAAUAUGGCAUUUUCCAUUUGAUGCAGAGCAUGGUGUCCAGCCUGGUCGUUGAUAGACCUGACGAUCCGAUCGCCUACCUGAUCGGUUUUUUGCAAAGGAGAGCAGACAUUCCUAGGAUAAUGGUGCUUGGUCCUCCGGCUGUCGGUAAGCGCACUGUAUCCAAGAAGCUCAGUGUUGAGUUGGGUGCCGUUCACGUGACUAAAGAAAGUUUACUGCAGGAACAAACAGAGCUAAGCCAACAGGCGCGCGAGUACACGGUCGAACAGCGAGAGGUUCCUCUUGAGCUUAUGGUCCAAAUAAUCCAGCAGAGACUUAGCGAGGCAGACUGCUUCAACAACGGCUGGGUGUUGGAAGGAAUCCCCGAGACUCGUCUAUUGGCUCUGAAUCUUCAGCAGGUGGGGGUGAUUCCUGAACAUGUAGUGAUGCUUCAAGCUUCCAGUGAUGUGUUGAUGGAGAGAAGAAAGGGGAAACUGGUGGACCCGGUGACUGGAGAUGUUUACCAUCAGACCUUCAUCUGGCAGGUUGAUGAUGAUGUAGUUCAGCGUCUCGCAAAAGGGUUGGGACUAUCAGAAAAGCAGCAUCUUGCGCAGCUUCAACUCUUCCGCUGUGAAGUCACAGGCCUCAUGUCUGCCUAUCAACACGUACUGAAGAUCAUCAACAGCGACCAACCACACGCUGAUGUCUCGCAACAAGCUCUGGCUUUUGUAAAGACUCACCGUCGUUCCAGAACACCGAGAAUCCUCCUGUUCGGUCCACCGGGAUCAGGAAAGAGUCAGCAGGCCAGACUGCUGUCACAAAAAUACAGGAUUGUGGAAGUUUGUUGCGGCCAUCUUUUAAGAUCUGUAGCAGCCGAGGGUUCCGAACUGGGUAAAAUGAUCCAACCUUACCUGAAUGAGGGCCAGCCAAUCCCAGAUAACCUUGUGCUGCAGAUAAUAGAGCAAAGACUCAGACUUGUUGACUGCAGCUGCAGAGGCUGGGUCAUGCAUGGGUUUCCACGAGAUCUGCAGCAAGCCACCAUGUUGAAGGAGACUCAACAGCAGCCAAACAGAGUUUUCUUUCUGGAGCUGACGGACGAUGAUUGUUUGGAGAGACUGAGCAAGAGAGCAACAGACCCAGUAACCGGAGAGAGGUAUCACGCUGUUACUCGACCUGCUCCAAGCACUUUGAUUCGGAAUAGACUGAUGACCCGACCAGAUGACAGCGAAGAAAGUGUUAAGCGAGCGCUGGCGGAAUACAGGACACACACAGCUGCUCUGCAGUCUGUGUUUCCAGAUGCAGUUCGUGUAGAUGCUGAACAGGAUCCACAUUCUGUGUUUGAGGCACUGGAAAGCAGAUUAAAUACCGUGUAAUAAGCAGAUCCACCUGGACUCCACUCGAAGGGUGACAAGGAUCACCCGGGUGUUUCUAAACUUCUGUGUUUUGAAUUUUUGUUUUAUAUGAAGUAACAGGCUAGGUUGGCUCUGAUGUUCUUGCAACAUUUGAGACUCACAAUGUCACUCACAUGCAGGCUCAGAUGACAUUAAGUGAGAAACAAGGAUUUAUUUUGCUGUGGGAGACAAAGGGGAAGGAGAGGGUCCAAUAAUGAGAAGAAGGAGUUACAGAGUGUAGGCUGUCCAGAUCUGGCGGGUGGAGAGCAGGCAAGCAGGUAGCAGGAGGUGUACCUGAGCACAAGAAGAUCGUUCAUUAAAGAUUAUUUCCUAAAUCAACAGGAAUCACAAAGAACAAUAGUUAAAGUCAAUCGGGACGCUAGCUACCACGGUGGCUGAACAAACGAUCUGAAGAUGAGUGGGAGAAAGGCCAGGGUUUUUCUUACCCAGAGUGAUGGGUUGAUUGAAGGCAGGUGCUGAGGAACGGCAUGUGUGCUUCGGUGAUUAACCAGGCAGAGUCAGGGAAAUGUGCCACGCCCACCACACAGACAGAGACAAGUGCACAACACAAGAAUAGGGAAAACAAAAGGAAACACAGAGAAACACAGGGAACGACAGUCACGACAAAAAGAAAUGGGAUAACACAAGACAAAUGAUGAAAGACAGCAACUGAUUUAGAGUGAACAAAUUAUUCUACGACGUUCAGAUUUGUUACAUAUAUCACGCAGGCACAAUGAAAGGAAAGUGAGCCUGGAGAUAAGGAAACAAACAAAGAAGCAAGGCAGAAACGAAGGGAGACCUAACCUUGUUUUAAAUCUCGUUAAAAAAAUGAAUAAAUAAAUAGAAAACCUUAAUUUUUGGAUUAUUCAGAAAAUACCUAUUGUGGUUGUGGAGUCCCAUGAUUCAACAAGUUUAAACAUCAAGUUCCAGACAGGGGCACUGUUGAGUGCCUUUACUGUGACCCCAUGUUAGCCAACCUUAAGCAAGGUACAUGUCAUGGUUGUAAAUGGAUGGUACCAUCCAUGUUAUUGUAGUAUUUUAGUGGAUCCAAAAUUGGCAGUUACACCAAUAUCUGUUGACAAAAAUAAGCAUGAUCCUGUUUACUCAUUAAAACAAGUUUGUGGUAAGAAUUAGUGAGAACUGCACAUUUUGCACGUUGAAUGACGGAAGAAGAACUUCUGGGUAGUCCCUUAACUAACUCUUUUAUGUUUGAUACCACUUCUACAACUUGGAGCAUCUGCUGAUGCUGUUAUCAAUCGAAUAUGUGCUCUAGUUGUUUUUUUGGUUUUUUUUAGAUAUUUGAUCCUGAAAUUCUGAUCAAUAUUAGACCAAUACCCAUCUAUAGUAUCAGAUUGCACCUUCCCUGCCCUCUACCCAGGGUAACUACAGCUAGCUGUAUUGCACCCUGUUACAACUGAUGCUCAUAUUAUGUUGUGUUCCUAGCAAUUCUUUAAAUAUAAAAAAAUGAACUAUUUGAACAUCCAAAGACAAUGUUUACUUAACUUUACUUAAGCUCAUAAUUAUCAAUAUAUAAAUAAAUACAUACAAAUGUAGCAUCUGUGCGUGUCACUGCUGUCAGUGCUGUAAACAUGUGAAACACAACAAAGAGAGGAGGUAGAGGAAGAAUGUGGUAAGAUGUAAACAGCCAGUGAGGAUGUAGUGGGAAUACAAGGUUACGUGCUCUUUGUGUCAUGUAUUGAAUACUGAAUCAGAAAGUUGGUCCAAAUGGGUUGCAGUUCUCAAUCCUUUGUUGAUUCUCUGAACCACACUGACUCCAUUACAGAUUUCAACAAUAGUCCCUUUGAUAUUGUUGGUUUUUGUCCCAUAGAAAAAUGCUAAUGAUGUCCUUGCUGAGCUUCUGUAGGUAGAAAGAGAUAUGUUAAUAAUAUUAGUAAUGAUAACUUAAGCUUUGUUGUAAGCAAACAUAUUAUUAAACACAAAAUACCAAUGCUGCAAAUUAAAGUAUGUGCUGACUCUGUUAUAA